AUGUGGAAACGUCUAUGGUCAAUGAAGGUAGCUCCAGCAGUCAAACAUUUUGUGUGGAGAGCCUGUAAAGAAGCUCUACCCACCCUAGCCAACCUGAAAAUAAGGAAAGUAGUUGAAGAGAGUCUAUGCCCAAUCUGCAAUCUGGAACCUGAAACGUCUGGUCAUGCACUAUGGGGCUGUGUAGCAGCAAGAGAUGUAUGGAACCAGAGAAGUGUCAAAACCCAGAAGAUGUCUUUUCAACAUGAUCUUAUUCUCAAAGUUUGGUCAAAGCUAAACCAAAAGCCGAAUACUUAUGAACUUGAGGAGUGUGUUGUCACAAUGAGAGGCAUUUGGUCUAGGAGAAAUGAGAGUAUGCAUGGGAAGGGUUUUAAACAUCCAAAUACAGUAGUACGGGGAGCCAAAGCAGACAUCCUCAAUUACAAAGAUGCAAACAGCUCAAAGAAGGAACACAAACAGCCAACUCAUCAGGCCACAUGGACAUGGAGGAAACCAACUAGAGGAACGUACAAGGUCAAUUGGGAUGCUGCCCUCAACAUAGAAGCAGGUAAGAUGGGGCUGGGAGUGCUCGUUAGAGAUUAUAAAGGCCAUGUGAUAGGUGCUCUAAGGGCAAGAAGGCCUCUAGCGGGGAAAGCUCUAGAAGCAGAAGCCUACGGCUCUGUCUUGGCAGCCACCUUUUGUAAGGAACUCGGGCUCAAACAGCUCCACCUAGAAGGAGAUUCACAGCUAGUCAUCAAUCUAUUGAAGGGAGUGGAAAGAAACUAG